UUUCAGCAUGCAUAAUGUUUGGUAACAUGGUAUUUGUAUUAUUAUGUACUAAAUUAUUCUGAGUUGAGAAAAUUUCUAUAUCUACAUGAAUGGUAGAAUAAUACUGUGAUGACUAAUAAAUAAGAAUGAGCUUGAAAGUUGAAGAAACUGAAAAUAAUGAAGUGUAAGGAAAACCUUUGCAAGAAGCAAGAACAUUGGACAAAAAGAUGCAGCUUUACAACAUGAAGUAUCCUCACACUUGCUGUUUCUAUAAGAUUGCCUUUAUUUUGUGCCUUCUUGCUUAUUCAACUGUAGCUUCAGUAGGUGAUAGAUCUAAGACGUACCAACUCUGUCAACAGCAUUGCUAUACCUCAAACUGCUCAGACUCAAAGUCUCUGGCUCAGUUUAAAGCUAGUCAGCCCUGGUACAUGAGUAUACUUUACUGGCAAUGCUGGGAAGAAUGCCAGUACAAUUGCAUGUGGCAGACUGUGCAUUUAUAUCGGAAAUAUGGACAUCCUAUCCCACAGUUUCAUGGAAAGUGGCCUUUCAUUAGACUUUGGGGUAUCCAGGAGCCUGCAUCAGUAUUUUUUUCUGUUCUGAAUGGGCUCAGCCACCUAAUAAUGUGGAAAAAAUUUAAAUUAAAAGUCCCAAAAGAUGCUCCUUACUAUAGAAUUUGGUCAGUUCAAGCUUUGUUGUCUAUUAAUGCAUGGCUGUGGUCAGCUGUAUUCCAUUCAAGAGAUACACCUUUCACAGAGAAAAUGGACUAUUAUUGUGCCUUUUCUCUCAUACUUUAUGCCUUUUAUUGCCUUUGUACCAGAGUAAUCCAAACACCAUCCAAGAUGGGAUCCUCUGUUAUUGCUGUGCCAUUCCUGUCAUAUUUUUUCUAUCAUAUUUAUCAUCUAAGCUUCGUCCAUUUUGACUAUGGUUACAACAUGAAAGCAAAUAUUAUUGUAGGUGUUUUAAACUCUUGUGGUUGGCUAAUCUGGUGUUAUAAGAACAGGCAUCGUACUUACAUGUGGAAAUGUGCAUUAUCUGUGAUAGUGCUUAAUGGCCUUCUCUUGCUGGAAGUGGCUGAUUUCCCUCCCUGGCAUUUUGUGUUAGAUGCUCAUGCCCUAUGGCAUUUUGGAACCGUCCCCUUACCAUUUCUGUGGUACAGUUUUCUUAUUGAUGAUACUUUAAGUGCUUUAGAAGAAAGAAGAAAAAAUGACUGAGAUCAGUGAAGAAAAAUUCAUAUAGUGUAUGUUUUGUGCCUGUGAGCAAUGUCUUUAUCUUAGUAUAGUUAGUCAUGUAUGCUGGUAGUUUAAAGUUGAUGUUGUGGAAAUUCUAUUACUAGUAUUGUUACAAUAAUUGUGUUUUUCUUACAUAGAAUUUUAUACUUUGUUUACAAGGAAAUUAUAAAUGUCUGGGAAGGUUUAUUUGAGUGCCAUUAGAUGCCUUAGUAGAAAACAUGGUAAUGAAAUCUGUGAUUAUUGAGAAAAUGCCCUUUUUUUUUUUACAUCAAGAGCCAUUAUGGCAAAAAAAAAAAAAACUACAGUGGGGCUUCCUGAAAACAAGGAUUAUAAACUAUUUAGCUCUUAAUAGCCCUGCAGGUUGUUUAUUUAGAUCUUUGAUUAUUGCUAGGUGGAGAACCAGAGAUGGUUGUGCCAAAUAAUUAUAUGAUGUACUCCAUGUACUUGUAGUCUUGAAAAUUUAAAAUAUGAUGACAACUCACUUGGUAGAGUAAAAACUUUAUCAUAGCUAAAAAUAAAUAUUUCAGUAAAGCUCAUCUGGCUGGCAUCAUGUCAUAUGUGAUGAUGUUGGUUAGUUUCUAGUAAUUGUUUUUAAGUAUUUAUUAUUUUAAUAUAAUAUGGGUUUUUAUUAUAAUAUAUUUACUCACUGCUAAAAAAAGAUAUUCAUAAUACUGCAGAGGUACAUAGGAUAGGCAGCAAUAGUAUUACAGUGUUAGGGUUUUCAUUUUGCUUUACUUUGUACAGUGGAUUCCUGUGAUAUUUUGUUGGGAAGAACACUUUAGGUUAUGUAUAUUAGGCCUAUCAAAUUCCUUUUUUAUUAAAAGAAAUAUAUAUAACAUGAAUUAAGAAAGAUCUUAAAUAUAAUUGUGAUGCGUACAUGGACAUAAUAGUAUCCAGACGUUUCUUGAAUUCACCUUUAUUUCACACUAAUAUGAGAUUUUACAAGUAUACCAUGCUGAACAGUUAAUAAUGGACGCUUUAGAUUUUCUGAAGAAGUGAAACAUGAGCCAAAGCAGGAUUUAAACCUAUAGUAUUGAAUACUGGUAGCUUAGCUGUUAAAAGUACCUUUCUAUUAAGCAGUUGCUGGUACAAAGCCUGCCUGGUCUUAACUUUCAGUUCUUCAGAAAAAUAUAGUUUUACAGUAUGGUGUUCUACAUGCACAUGUAUUCAUAUUUACUCUUUCAUGAAAUUUUAGGAACUGAACACUAAAAGGUUUUAUUUAUUUUGCUUAUAACUCAAGCCAUAGGCACUUUCCAGUUUAAGGUGGUGGCAAAAGCAGAUUAGGGAUUAUGUUCUUUUGGAGAGUUUGUUUUAGCAGUGCUUACUGUCUUGUCUCAUUUAGAAUCUUUAGUGAAAAUCUCAUGGAAAACUUAAAAGCUGUUGAGAAUAACAUCAAUGAAAAUUAAGUGACAUGAGAUUUCAAAUUGGUAAAUAUUAAAUUUUUUGAAUUUACGUUUUCAAAGUAUAUUGAGUGCAUGAAAAUGUAGAAGACUUAAAACCUUAUAAUUACUCGGGAGAAAAUUAUAUUGAUUAUGACUUGUACUUCUUGUUUCAUAUAUAUUUUGUCACUGAUUUUGCAUUACUUGUAUUACAGAAUCUGUGUGUGCUGUAUACUAAGAUUCUCUGUGUAUAUUUGUGAUACCUAAACAGAAUUAAACUGGUAUGUGGGACAAACCCUCAUUUGUUUGAAGAAAUAUAUAUAUGUUCAGUUCAUAAUCCAAUAAUUAAACAAUUCAUUAGUAAUAGAACUGGUAAAGUGAAAAUAGAAUGCUGUGAGAAAGAAAUAAAAUAAUUAAGGAUAUGCCAAUUUAUUCUUUAUUUCCCAUAAAACCAGUUAAUUGGAACCUGAUGUUUAUAAUUAGUCAGUUAUUAAUAACUACAAAAGUAGCAAAUUUUGGUUUUACAGUUAUCAACACUUGAGAAGGCACUAACAAACCUAAAGUAUUCUUAUUUCUGCAGAUAAUUGUAGUUUCUGGUUAUUUACUUCAAACUUCUGUAAAAAAGUGAACAGUUUCUGAAAUUAUUUAAAAGUAUUUAUAAAUCUGCUUGAGUUUAUUUUUUAAACAUUCAUAAAACUUUAAAACCAAGUUUUGAUUGAGGCCUCCCUAUCUCCAGAGGAGCUAUAGAUGUUAAUAGAAUAUAUAACAUAGCAGUUAAUACCUGCUGAUAGUUUGUAAUCAGUACUUUUUCAGCAAUUAUAAAUAUAUUUCUUUUAUUGUUUCUUAAUCAUGAUAAACAACAUUUUAGAUGUAAAACGUUGUAUUUCAGUUUUUAAUAUAAAGAGUAAACUACAUUAAUAUUAGGCUUAACUUUAAAUAUGUAAAAAUUAAUUAUGGACAAAUGAGGUUUGUUAUUUAUGCUUAAUAUGGGACAUUCACCGUAAAAACUUGUUACAAUUCAUGAACAGGGCACUGUGCAGUUCAUGCUACUUUUACUGCAAAAUGUAGCAAAGGGAAAUAUUGUUGCAUUUAGGUUUACUCAUUCUAUUGAUUGUGCUGAAAAGACUGAACACAAUCACUUUUCUAUUAAGGUAUUGGUUACACCUAUAUUUCAUGUCAAAUCACUAAUCCUUCAGGUCUAAGACUGAGGGAAUUUAUAGUCUAGUAGAAGCAAACACAAGUGGGUUGUCAUGUUUAGCUCUAUUGUACGAUUUAUUUUUUUUUCAAAGAUAGUUCAUGGAAGAAUACAAAAAAUAACUGGCUUAUUUUAUUAUCAACAAAUCCCUAAAAACAAUUCCAAAUUUUGUACACCGAGGUGUUUAUAAAUGUCUCUGGUUCUGUUUCUACAAUAAUUUAACCUUUUGAUGUGAAGGAAUUUACUGAGAAGUUAUCUGUAUGGUGUAUUAACUACCGAUGUCUUCCACUUGUGUCACAUCAUUAAGUUGCAAGUCUACCACAUAUAAAACAUUUUAAGUUUGAGCAAACUUUUGAAUAAAAACUUGAAAACUAUGGUUGCUUAUACAAGACGUAGCGACUGAAUAUUGGUAUGUUUUAUACAUAAGCUGGUAACCUCAGAUACGAGUUGCACCAGUAUUAAAGUUUACUCUGUAUAUAAUACUUGAUAUUUCAAGUAUAUUCCAUUUUCAUACGACUCAAGACAAAUGUUGGCUUUAUAAACAUUUGUAACUGUUUUCUAGAAAAAAAAGCUGCUUUUUAUUAGGAACUUGAAAAAUGAAAUUAUGACUGGUGGUGGUGCAAAGAAACAAAAUGUGUAAAACUUGAAAUUUUCUGAAUUUUAAUAAUUAGACAAAAUUAACUGUCAAUAGUAAAUUCCUAUCACAAUAUGAUAUCUGGUAACUGUUCUCUGUGCACAUAAUUACUAGUUUGAAAGUCUUUAAAGUAAGAGCUGUUAUGGAAUAUAAAUCAAAAUCACACAUUGAGUUAUCAAUUUUAGGUGUUAAAAGAAAAGUAACUUUUAAUAUAAAAAUGUGGUAACAAGUAUUCCUCACUGAACUAAGCAUCAGUACUCAAGGAUUUUGUUGAAAGUGGUCCAAUGGUUUUUUUUUUAUUUUCCAAAUGUGGAGUAAUUUAUGUGCAAUAAUGUUAUUUUAAAUGAUCAUGUAAAAUACUGGUACAUAUCUAUGCAAAAUAUUAAGAUAUAUUUAAAAUGAUUGUUAAAGUUCAAAGUUGUCAAGCGGUAUAGUUUUGUGUGCAUCUAAUGUAUUAAUAGAUAAAUGAAGUUUAGAGUUUGGCUAUUAAGCUUUGUUUUUAAUAGUCUAAGUUGGUGGACAGCUGUAGUAGUUAUGUAGUUACUGCAUUACAAUUGUAAUUAAUGUAUAGUGCAAAUGCUACACUAUGAAAUAAUCAUAAAUAAAAGUUUCUAAAGUGUA